GCUCGCUCAAAGGGCGGGAGAUUUAAAGGUUCUCCGGUUUUUCGCCGACACAUAUUCAUCGCGUCUUUUGGAACGGUCGCGGGUAUCACAACACAAUGAAUCAAAUAAGGAGUAUAAAGGAAAUGCUGAGCAUCCCAACUGGAAGCAGCGUGAACAGAAAUGCAGCUACCAGCGGCUACUGCAGCACAACAGACUCUCAGUUCUUGUUCGGGUCUCAGUUUUGGGGUGAAAAUUCUCAGGGCACGUCUCAGGAUGUGAGUUUGUCCUCCAGAAACUCCCAGCAAAGUUCCCAAGAGGGAAGUGAUCCAAAGUUUGCAAGCACUUAUCACACCAAACCUCUCUUGUUUGGAGACUUGAAGGACAAAACCAGAGGUUUGGGAUUUUCAGAUCAGUUUGAAGAGGACAAGAAGAAGGCAAAAGAAAAAAAUGACUGUGAUCUUUUAGUAAAAGAAUGCCAACAUAUCAGAGAAACUCUUAACAGUAUUCAACAACUGGUCGUUGGCACAGAGAGAAAUACAGCCGUGUGCCAGACAGUUCUACAAAAGUUUGACCAAUUUUCAUCAACAUUGCAAAAUAAACUAACCAGUCUUCAGAGUGAUAUUUCCCAGCAGCUUGAGGCUCUGGCAAAUAACCUGAAUUCCCAGAAAGAUGUGACGACGGAGCUGGAGGAAAGGGUGCAAAAGAAUGGAGACACAACAGCAGAGCUUGGCUCACACCUGCAAAGCUUGAAGAACAGUCUGGAAAGCUUGAGAGAGGAACAGGAAAGAGAGCGUCACAUGCUUGAAGAGGCCCUGAAGCUGCUUAAUACGUUAGUCUCAGAACAUUCAGCCAGACCUGUUACAGAGGGAGGGGUAGACAGCGCCAUCCAGACGUCACCCGUGCCCGAGCCGUCAGUCUCAGACAUCCUGCAAGCGAACCAGCUUGAAGCCACACACAACCUUGAACGAAAUCACGUGGAAGUUCCCCCUCAGGGUUGUAGCCGCGUCGUCGGAAAGAAGAAAAACAUUCUGAGACGCUACAGGAUGCGCAGAAAACGGCCCCUGGUGCUCUCGCGGAGGAGCAAGUGCACGGUCUCGGAUGAGAACACCCGACCUCUCGUGAACUGUAACAAACAGCUGAGUGUUUCAGUGCCUCUCUGUGAGCAUCGUGAUGUGAACACAGUAGCCAGCCAGGGCAGGCUCAGCCCAGACGGCGUGGUACUUCGGCAAAGGGGACACAAAUCCAGUGAAGAAGCAGGAUGUUUCAUCAACCCUCUGAGCUGCUGGUCUCAGGACAGCAGCAGCUCCAUGUGCCAGGCCUUUGAACCCAUCUUAGAGAAGCUGUCAGCUGAGUCCAAGACAGAGAUGAUAGUGAAACCUGAAGGCUUCUGGGAGUUGUUUGACAUGAACUUCGAUUCUGAUUUAGAUGUUUAAAAGACGAGUUAACCACUCACGUAACCGUUUUCUCAUUUUUAGAGAAGAAAUAAAAUCCCUAAACGUUAA